AGUGGAACCCAUAUGUGGACAUCGAAAAAAGAAUUUCGAAUAAGUUCGUGGCCGUCAAAAAAAAUAUAAAAUCUAAUAUGGCCAAAUAAAAAUGUUUCUGAUUCACGAUAAAAUAAUUGAAAUUUUGCAAAUUUAUGUGUUUUCCUGUGUAGAAUAAUGUUUAACAAUACAACGUUGCAAUAAUAAAGACAUUCGCUUACUUUUGAUCAGGUUUAAAUGGCCACCGUCAAAAGGAGCACAGAAGAUUCAGAUGAAUCAGUCGAUGAGAAUUCGUCACGCAAAAAUGUCAACGACUAUUUUUUUGCGGGAAAAGGAGCUGCUGUUGCACUGGAAUCGAACGAAGAAACGGACAGCAAUAUUCAGACGAUUCUUUCGGAAGAUUCGCAAUACUUAAAGUCAUUUGCACGAAGUGAUAUUCAACGUCAUCUACAAUCUAUGUUUUAUUUGUUAAGGGAAGAGGAAACGUUAAAAAUGGCUGUUAAACUGGAAACUGCUCGUACUGGCCGCACACGCUAUCUGGUGGUAGUGUCACGUUUGGGAAAAUUUUCCAGACAACACCAGCAACAGAAUACCGGCAAAUACAACACCAAAAACUAUGCAUCGUCGUCAUUUCAUGCGGAUGUUCAAAUCAAAUCCAGCAAUCGAAAACAGGUGGACCAUUUCCAAAGUGACGCUGUCCGGAAUAGUGAUAUUUUCAAACUGAACGAAAUGGUCGAUGUUAGCAGUAAAUUCUGUCAGAAAAGCACCGACGAUUUUGACUACGAUGUGGAUGUGAAUGCAACCAAUGAAAUCGAGGAGUCUUGCUUGUUGGGAAUCGAUUGUAAUGAAAGAACAACGGUCGGUCUGGUGUUGAAGAUAUUAGCAGAUACGACGAUUCGGCUGGACGGUGACGGUGGCUUCAGUAUUACUGUUUACGGUCGAACUCACAUUUUUAAGCCUGUGUCGGUCCAGGCAAUGUGGUCGGCUCUGCAAACGUUGCACAAAGUGUCGGGCAAGGCACGGCGAAACAAUUUUUAUCCAGGAGGUCCAUCACACGAAUGGGUCUCCUAUUAUGAAGACCGAAUUGAAUCGGAAAGAUCUUGCUUAAAUGAAUGGAAUGCCAUGGAUUCGUUAGAAAGUCGUAGACCGCCAUCUCCAGAUGCUGUUAGAAAUAAGCCGACUGAACGUGGUGACACGGAACACACAAUCAAAACUGCUCUCAAAGAGAUUAUGAUGUCUGUUGAUUUAGACGAAGUUACGUCGAAAUAUAUUCGCGGGCGACUUGAAGAGCACUUAGACAUGGACUUGGGUGAAUUUAAAUCGUUUAUCGAUCAGGAAAUGUUGACAAUUCUAGGCCAAAUGGACUCACCAACGGAAAUAUUUGAUCACGUGUAUUUAGGAUCUGAGUGGAAUGCCAGUAAUUUGGAGGAGUUGCAAAAGAACGGAGUACGACACAUCCUGAAUGUGACUAGAGAGAUCGACAACUUCUUUCCGGGCAUGUUUGACUAUUGUAACAUUCGAGUGUAUGACGACGAGAAAACAAAUCUACUGAAACAUUGGGACAAUACAUUCAAAUACAUCACACGGGCGCGAAAAGAAGGAUCCAAAGUAUUAGUACACUGUAAGAUGGGCGUCAGUCGGUCAGCGUCGGUCGUUAUUGCGUAUGCAAUGAAAGCCUUCAGUUGGAAUUUCGAUCAGGCCAUGGUACACGUGAAGAAGAAACGAAAUUGUAUAAAACCAAAUAAAAGCUUUCUGUCCCAACUGGAAACGUACGAGGGCAUGUUGGACGCAAUGCGAAACAAGGAGAAACUACAGCGCAGCAAAAGUGAAACGAAUUUACACAGCACAAAAGAUGCUCGAUUGUUGCCGGGCAGCGAACCGACUCCGUUGAUUCAGGCACUGAAUGCGGCGGAAAAGUUAAAUUCACCGGAGAAGCGGAAGAAAUUUCGACGAAAACGUCCGAGUAGCUGGUCACCACCAAAGAAUGUCGAAAAGUUCAAUGUCGUUCCUAAGCAAUUUUCGCAAUCGAAAUCGCUGGAAAAUUUGACCAGCGAACCGAAAAUUGAAAAAACGAAAAACGUGCGACUACCGUGCAACGGUAAAAACUAUAGCGUGUCACAAAACCAAGUUGUUCAUUUACAAGAAAACUUUAAAUCUCCUGUGCCAUCGGUUAAAUGGAUCGUCAAUGAAUUGGAAACAAGUAAGACCGUACAAAGAAUUCGGGCAGCCGAGAAACAAUCAGACUCACAAUGUUCCUACAGUUAUGAAGAUUCAACGUCCCGACAAGAGACAUGGGAUCCGGGAGAAUUCGGAACGUUGGAAAAGGUGAACAAACCGAAUAAGACUUUAAAUAUGAACGUAGACAGUAGUAGCUGUGAUAGUCCAACAUGGACCUCAACUUCACAAACUAAAUUAAAAUUGCCGAUGGGCAAACGGGACAAACAAAUUUCUUCAACUGCAAUCAAAUCAGACCCAUUCUCUUCACCCCUAGAUACUGUUUUUGAUGACGACAAGCACAAAGGUCAUACGGUCACAUUAGCCACAACGUCAACAUCACCCCUAACACAAUCACUAGAGUUACGAUCAAAUCAACAAAAUUCACGUAGGGUAACCGAUUCGCCGACCGGUUCACAUCGAAUUAGUCGAACUUCACGGUAUUCGUCAUGGAGUUCUAGCGAAGACAAUAAAUCAUUUUCGUCUGUCGGCAGUGCACGAGAACCGAUAGCAUUGAAUCAAAGCCGAACAUUUCCGUUUGUCGAUGAUAUUGCAUGGCAAUCGGGAACGGUUCGACGAACAAAGGUUAUGAUCGAUAAAUCGUCGUCGGUGACCAAACGGAUAAACGACGACAACAGCACCUGUUUCAUCAAUACGAAGAAAAAGUCUGCUAUCAACACAACAGCAAAUCCAUGGACUGAUAAACUCAACAAAUCACUAGCCAACAAGAUCACUCUGAAUCGAUGUAACAGCGAGCAAAAUCUGAAUAUCAAUCAACUGCCAUCGAUAAACAGUCGACUGUCAGUGUCGACGCCCGAAACAACGGUGGAAUACGCUCGGCCCAUACUGUACGAUGACAAUAAACAAACGUUUCGUAAGGUGGGAGGCAGUGCAUCGUCACAAAAAAUCUGCGGAAUCGUACAGAAUUUAAAAAUGAAUUUCGAACAAAAUGACACGUUCACACGAUUCAAUCCGAAAGCAUCAAUCAUGCAAACGCUUCCAUCAUCGUCAUCAUCAUCAGCUACUGCCAUCAUCACAGACCAAAACGUUUACAUGAAUCCUUCAAUCGAUCAAUCAAUGCACUUUAAAGCAACCGAACCAAUCACCGAAGAGAUCAACGUCAAACAUCUGGUCGACAAAUAUGACAACAAAUCCACCAAACAAUCGAAACAAUUGCUUCCGGUUAAAACAGCACGACCCCGGUCGGUAUACGAAACGAAACAGCAAAUGCAUCAGCUCUCCAAAUCACACACGAUCAGCAGCCAUCCGACGUUCAUACAGAACCACAUGGACGAAUUUCAUCGACCACCGCCCGUACCACCGACGAAUCAAACAAAAACCAUAACCCAAAGCAAUCCGAUACCAAUCGCGAAGAGUAAUGUGUGCAAACGAAUGCAACAGCAUGGCAAAACGCAUCCACUGUCUCGUUUGGGUAUACCAAAGCAGCGUCUAAAUACUGCAGCAUACAACACUAUGUAAAUAAUUUAACAAAACAAAACAAAAAUGAAAAAGAAGAAGGAAGAACAAUUGUUUGUUUGAUAGAUACACUUUUCCUGCUAUUUGAUUGAGAAAAAAAUUUAUUUAUAAAAUAUUUAAAACAUGA